AGUCGUCCAUUUAGAAAAGUACACAAGUUGACCUGCGAGGCGAGCUGGCUCCGUUCAGACUGACCCGGUUUAAACUGCGUUUGUGAGACAUGUGAUAGAAGACAAGGAGGUGACUUUGCUGUGCAAUAUGAAGGACAUCUUCUCCUAAAAAAAAUAAAUAAAAGGCGAUAUCACAGCCACAACAAUGCACGUGUCCUUUGUUAGCCUCGCUAAGCCUGUUCUUCAUGGGUACUUCAGGAGCUCCUGCUCUUGGAGGGUUCGCAUUGCUUUUGCUCUUAAAGGUGUUGAAUAUGACCAGGCUCCAGUCAAUCUAAUCAAAGAUGGAGGUCAGCAGCUUACACAGCAGUACAAGGCAAUAAACCCCAUGCAACAAGUGCCAGCACUGGAAAUAGAUGGCAUCACCCUCUCUCAGUCACUGGCUGUGAUCCAGUACAUCGAUGAGACCAGGCCGGGACCUCGGCUUCUUCCAGCAGACCCAAAGAAACGUGCCCAGGUUCGGAUGAUAAGUGACCUCAUUGCCUCCGGGAUACAGCCUCUGCAGAAUUUGUACGUGAUUCAGAAAAUGGGAGCAGAAAAGAUGCAGUGGUCUCAGCACUUCAUUGACCGUGGCUUCCAAGCUCUUGAGCCCAUCCUGAAGCAAACAGCAGGGAAAUAUUGUGUAGGAGAUGAGAUAUCCAUGGCAGACAUCUGUCUGGUCCCACAAGUCUACAAUGCAGAAAGGUUCAAAGUGGACGUUGACCAGUAUCCAACUAUCAAAAGGUUAAAUCAAGCCUUACUUGAGAUUGAAGCUUUCAAAGUGAGCCACCCGUCUCGCCAACCAGACACACCUGCUGAUCUGCGUGCGUAAAACAACAACUCAGUGGUUCCAGAAGCAGCCGUGCAACUUUGUAAAUUGUUAAAUAAAGUUAUGUGAAAAUAAUCUUUUCUGUGCUUUUACUUUAAAUAACAUGGGAACUUUGAGUUAAAAAUAUUUAUUAGCAUUUUGACUUUUUAACCCAGUCAAACAUUUUACCUUAAUACAUACUGAUGAUGUGGGGACAAGGUAAAGGACAUAAAGUAAUGUGUGAAAACAUGCAGACCAGAGAUUUGUUAUGCAAACGUGCAAAACCACUCAGCUCACUGCUUGCAGCAUAGUCUGCUUGGAGGAAAUAUGGACAAACGUUAAACAGAGGAAAAGGAAUAAAAAGGAAGCUAUCUGCAGAAUGCAUCAUGCAGAUACUAUAACACAUAAAGAUAAAACAACCAAAUACAAAUAUAACUGUCACAGAUACACUUAGAGGUGCCGUCAUUCUUCUAUCACAGAAGCAUCACAGCACAGACCACAACACCUCAGCUGUUUAAAAAU